AUGUUUAAGGUUCCUGAUCAUCAGGUUGCAGGCCAUGUCGGGCCACUAGUAGAUGAUUCUGGUCGCUUUUACAAGCCUCUCCAAAAUAACGAACGCGGCACCAAAGAAGUUGCCUUCUACACUUCAUUCUCUGCCAAUAGCAAAAUCCCCACUCAUGUUCGUCGAUAUUUUCCUAUUUACCAUGGAACUCAGUUUUUAGAAGCUUCGGAUGGAUCUGGCACGCACCCUCACCUUGUUUUGCAAGACAUUGUCUCAAACCGUCAGAACCCGUGUGUUAUGGACAUCAAGAUGGGAUCAAGAACUUGGUAUCCCCAAGCUUCAGAGGACUACAUCACGAGAUGCUUUCAGAAAGAUAGAGAAUCAACAAGCGUGCCGUUGGGUUUCAAGAUAUGUGGUUUGCAGACCUAUGACAGUGAAAAGCGUGGUUACUGGAAAUCUCAAAAGGACGUUGUCAAAAAAUUUACGGUAGAUGAUGUUAAUCUGACUUUGAAGAGGUUUGUAUCUUGUAACCCAAUGUCAGAUGCGGUACCUGAUUGUUUACGCGCGACAGAAGUUUAUGGCGGGUCGGAUGGGAUUCUGGCACAAUUGUUGGAGUUGAAAGCAUGGUUUGAGGAUCAAACGAUAUACCAUUUCAACUCUUGUUCGAUUCUUAUGGUGCAUGAUCGCUCUGGUGCUCAAGUCAAGCUUGUUGAUUUUGCUCAUGUCGUGGAUGGCGAAGGUGUCAUUGACCAUAAUUUCUUGGGCGGGCUCUGUGUUUUGAUAAAAUUCGUGUCAGAUAUACUGGAAUAG